AUGGGCAGAGAUAAGAAGAAUCCCACCGCUGCAGCUACCACUGGCACAACCACCAACCAAGCACUCUCCCGCACGACCAAAUACUACCCUGCUGAAGAAACCCCCAUAACCACCACAAAAACACGCACCCGCCGCACUUCUGAUCCCCCACCGCCCCCUCUCGAUCUCUCCACCUCAUACACUUCCGACUCAGACUCUGACUCCUCCCACAAACCCACCGCCCACCAUAUCGACCACGCCCCCGUCAUGUCGACAGCCAAAUACUCCCAAGACAUUGACCGCGACCUGCACGCAUCUCUAAUUAGCAAACACUCCGACCCCACCCGAGCCGCUAAAGAAACCAGCAUCCGCCAGAAGUUGCGCACAUAUGAAGCGAUCCUCGCGUUGCGCGCCGGCUAUAUGCCGACGACGGAGCAGAUCGCGCAGUGGGCGCGGUAUGCGCUUCGUACGUCGGGCGUGCUAGAUAGUCGAAACCGCCGCCUAAGUUCGCAUGGAAGGGGGUUUAUUAGGGAUGUUAGGGCGUGGAUAGAGGCCGUGGUCGAGCUGGGGUUGAGUAAAAAUUCGGAUGAUAAGAUACAGGAGUUUAUUUAUAAUACUUCGAACGCGCGGAUCUCGAUGAGGGGCCCGAGUAUGUCGGGUGCCAUGACGAGCGCCGGGGCGACUGCCGACGCUGUGAGGCCGUCGAAUGCGGAGGUGCAGAAAAUGUACAAAAGGCUGAGGAACCUGGCAAGCCUGCUUUAUUCCAGCCCUGAAUUCAGGAAUUUGUUGAACGAUGCUUCAGUCCUCGCCCGCGAAAUUCUCGCCGAUGCCGCCUCCCAGGUAGGAUCCAUCGCCACCACCACCGCCGACACACUCCGACCCACCGAAUCCGAGAUCUCCAACCUCGAUCAACCCGCCGAAUCCGGUCUCGGCGACAAGGACUCCCAGCCACCCUCCAGCGCACAACUCAAGUCGCAGGCGAAAGAAAAAGGCCGCGAAUAUGGCGAGCAGGCAUGGCAGAAGAUGCAGCAUAUGCGCGACGACAUGGAGUCGUACCUACGGCAGAAAUUCCCCAAGCAGCGGCGAGAUGCGGUGGUGAACAGGCUCAAGAGGGUAUUGACGGAGAUUCAGAAUAACCCGGAUUAUCAGGAGGCGGUGGACUUUUUGAUGGGGCUCAUGAGAAAAUAUGGAGCGACGUUAAGGGAUAAGAUGACGCAGGAGGCGCAGAGAACGAAGGAGAGUGGGGUGCAGACGGAUGAGCAUUUUGAUAGGGCCUUUAUGCAGGCUAAGGCUAUAUUGAUGGUAUUUGCGGAUGGCAAACCACUCGACGACAUCAGUGAUGCCCUGCACCAAGUCAUGGAAGACGUCCAGAACGACCCUGACCUCACCGAUUUCUACCACGCCGCCACCCACUUCAUCCAGCGCGCGUUGACUGACAAAGACUUUAUCACCUCAGAUGCCGCCGACGCCGAAGCCCACCGCCUCUAUGACCGCUCCCAGGAGCUCCUCGCCGAGAAGAAGGACAAGUACCGGCCCGACAUGGAGCGGCUAUUUGAGGAGCUGCGCACCUACCGAGACUGCAUAAUCAACGACCGCGAGAACAGGAGGCUCGUAGAGACGAGUAAGAAGGUGUUUAAUGACCUGGUGAUCUUAGAUAGGAACGGUCAGUUUAAGGGCUUUAGGAGAAAGGUGGUGAAGGAUUUGGUGGAUGUGGUGCUACCGAGGUUUGUGGGCGAGAUCAGAUACAUCCCGAUGCCGAGGAUUGAGUAUCAGGAUCGGGAUUUCGACUUGAUCUUGGAAAAUGUCAUUUUGGAGUCUGACCACUUCGUCCCCGGCCGCAUGCUCUUCGAAGCCCUCACAAGAGCAGAAUUCAUAAACGACUACACCUUCACCUCCAAAUACGCCGCCACCACCCGCAUCAAAAUUGAAAAUAUCAACCUCUUCUUCAAAGACGCCUCCUUCAUCCUCCGCAAAAAGACCGGCCUAACCUUCUCCGACCGUGGUUUCUUCGACAUGUUCAUGGAUGGCCGCGGCGCUUCCGCCGAGCUCAUCCUCGACUCAAUCCUCGAUGAUGACGACUACGAUUCUGACACCCCAACGACGGAAAGCUACUUCCACCUGCGCUCCGUCCAUGUUACAAUCCACAAGUUCCGCUACAACUACCACGCAUACCAUACAUGGGCUGCGGCGCUGCUCGCACCGAUCAUACGCCCGGCGAUAAGGCAGCUGCUGUCGAGGCUGCUGGAGCAGAAGAUUAGGGAAGGGUUUGAGAUGGCAGAUCGCGAGAUACAUGCGCUUGUUGAGCGAAUGCGGGUGGCGUCGAUUGCGGGACAGGGCGGAGGGAGCGUGGAAUCGUGGAUUAGGGCGGUGUUGUCGAGGCCUGAGGGGGGAAGAAGGAGUGGCAGUGGGGCGUUUAGGGUGAAUAUUGGUAUGGGAGAGGUUUUGUUCCCUGGCGAGAGGCCUCCAGGGUCGGUGAUAAGAAAGGUGGAGGCUGUGGGGCAAAGGGUGGAGGCUGGAGGAGAAGGAGGGGGGUUGGAGGAGACGGGGUGGAGAAAUGAAAUUUUUAAUGUUAUGGCUUAG